GCCUCGCUCCAAAUCCCUUUCGUCUCCACACUUCAACUCUCAAAAUGGCGGAAACCCCCAAAAUCCGUUUCGGCUUCAUCGGCUGCGCCAGAAUUGGGCGCAGGGUCUCCCGCGCCGUCGCGCUCGCAUCCAACGCUGUCCUGCACACCGUCGGAAGCCGCUCCAUCGACAAGGCCCGCACCUUCGCCGCCGCCAACGGCUUCCCCGCCGCCGCCAAGGUGUACGGUUCAUAUGAGGCCGUCCUCGAUGAUCCCGAGGUCGACGUCGUCUACCUGCCGCUCCCCACCAGCCUGCACGUGCGCUGGGCCGUGCUCGCCGCCAGCAAGAAGAAGCACGUGCUGCUUGAGAAGCCAGUUGCUCUUAAUGUUGCUGAGUUUGACGAGAUCAUCGCGGCGUGCGAAUCCAAUGGAGUGCAGCUCAUGGACGGUACCAUGUGGAUGCACCACCCUCGCACCUCGAACAUGAAGGAGUUUCUCUCCGACGUAAACCGUUUUGGCCAGCUCAGAUCGAUUCACUCCAAUUUUACGUUCAGGGCUAGUGCCGAUUUUCUUGAGAAUGACAUUCGUGUGAAGCCAGAUCUUGAUGCUCUUGGUGCUCUUGGCGAUGCAGGUUGGUACUGUCUUAGGGCAAUACUGUGGGCUGCCAACUAUGAACUACCAAAAACUGUUAUCGCCUCGCGCAACCCUGAGCGUAAUCAAGUUGGGGUGAUAUUGGCUUGUGGGGCUACUUUGUACUGGGAAGAUGGAAAAGCAGCAACCUUUUAUUGCUCCUUCUUGUCCUACAUGUCAACGGAUAUAACUGCUCUAGGGACAAAAGGAACGCUACAUGUUCAUGACUUCGUUCUCCCAUAUGAAGAAAAUGAAGCAUCAUUUUAUGCAGCUACAGAACCAGGUGUUGAUGAAGCUGUUACAAAGUGGGUUCCACAGCCAAUCAAGCGUAUAAUAGAAACUGACAUACCUCAGGAGGCUCUUAUGGUAAAUGAGCUUGCCCGUUUGGUGGCAGAUAUCAAAUUCAAGAAAGCAAAACCCGAGAAGAAGUGGCCAACCAUUAGUAGGAAAACUCAACUCGUAGUGGAUGCUGUGAAGGCUUCAAUUGAUAGGGGUUUUGAGCCUGUCCAGAUUCAGGAGUGAGGUGUAUGAACUGAGGUCUGUGUUCCUGCGGUGCAUCACAAAACAAUUUCUGUUUUAUGUAUUAUGAGCAGUUCAUUGCUCAUAAAAGAGGCAUAAAGGGUCUGUAGACUCUUAGACAAUUUUUCUGUUAUUCACGUUAUGUUUAUUAAUAAAGAUGUACUACAGAUUGGGAAGGAA